UUGACACUUCUUGAGGUCUGUCGUAGGGUUAUGCACGAUAAUGUUGGCAUGGAUUUGGUCUAUUUUUUUCUUCUGACAGAUAUACGUACGUGAGCUUCUGUGGCAUGAAACUUCACAUCUUAAAGAAGAGUAAGUGACUAAAGUGAACAUGGAUAUAAGAACCGAAAUGAACAUAUCUGAAGAUGAAACCCUGAACUCCUUAAUUCAGUCCACAAACUGUUGUACACCAGCCACUAUCCAAGUUGAGGGUGUCUUAGAUGGACUGAAAGACAGUACAAAACUGGUAGGUGUUCAAGUGAUCUUGAUUUUGGCAUACAGCACCAUCAUCGUCUUUGGCGUGACCGGGAACUCUUUGGUCAUAUAUGUCGUGUACAAGUUUCGAAAUUUACACACAGUUACUAACUAUUUCAUUGUCAACUUGGCUGUAGCAGACUUGUUGGUCAACACAUUGUGUCUACCUUUUACUUUGAUGUACACUCUCUAUGGAGAAUGGAAAUUCGGACAGGUGAUGUGCUACCUGCUGCCAUACGCACAAGGCUUAGCAGUCCACGUUUCGACCAUCACGCUCAACGUUAUAGCGCUGGACAGGUACCGUAGCAUUGUCUACCACAUGGAAACCAAGAUGUCCAAAGACAUGUGUAUAGUCGUGAUUGUGAUCACAUGGGUGGCAAGCGCGAUCCUUGCCAGCCCUCUAGCUAUCUUCCGUGAAUAUGUGACUUUUGACCUAUCGCCUGAGCAGACAAUUCAGGGUUGCGCAGAGAAGUGGCCUGGAAGUAGCACAGAUGGGACAAUUUACAGCAUCGCCAUGUUUUUCCUGCAGUACGGGCUGCCACUGUCUAUCAUUUCUUUUGCGUACACUCGAAUCUGGCACAAGCUAAGAAAUCACGUCAGCCCCGGCGGUGGCCGUAGCGACCGUCAUCAACGGCGACAGAAGACGACGAAAAUGCUGGUGGCUGUAGUGGUAGUCUUCACCGUUAGCUGGCUGCCCUUUCACGCCUUCCAGCUGGCUGUGGAUAUUGAUAGCAGUGUACUGGAAAUGAAAGACUUCAAAUUGCUCUAUACAGCUUUCCAUAUUGUGGCCAUGUGCUCCACCUUUGCCAAUCCCAUCCUUUAUGGCUGGAUGAACAGGAACUAUAGAAGAUCUUUUGUGGCCGUGUUCAAGUGUGGAAGGUUAAACAACGGAAUAAGAAGAGUUUGUAGCAGUGAGGCAGUAAGUGAGAAAUGUACACGCAGUAAGCAAAACACAAUCAGUGUUGUCUUUAAAGAAGAAAACACUCUGCUGUGAUGUCCAUUUGCUUUCGAGAUUUCAAAACACAAAAUGUGAACAUAAUAAGGACAAAUAAUCAAAAAGUCUACUGUAAAGAAGGACUGUACGUAAAUCUAAGACUGAACACUCUACAAAUUGCCUGAUAUUUUAUAUAUGAGACAAUUGUGGUGAAUUUGUGACUAAACACUCACUUAGUUUGGAAUGUUGUAUUUUGUUGUUAAAAUGUAUUAUGUAUUUGGUUAUAUUUGGAAUUAGCAUUUGAUCUGUAAAAAGUCAGUGACACAGGGAUCUCAUGUUAAGAAUAUUGUAGUUUUUCUGUUUGUUUCCUGUGAAAAUAAACGUGAUUUUACGUAAAAUGGCUCCCAAAGCAUUAAAAAGGCAGCAGUAGGAAGACAUCAGGGCAAGUUGGAAUCAAAUAUUUGCAUUUGAUCCUGUCUAUAACUCACAAUCUUGUGCAUGUGAUUUGACAGAUCAUCAAAAGUAUAAAAAUAAUUUCUCACAGUGCAGUAGGUAAGUCAAUUUUUUUGUUUCUUUCUUUCUUUCUUUUUUUUUUUUCUUCAAUAUAUGAUAUAAUUUCUAUAGAGAAAUAAUUACCGUAGUCAUAAAGUAUUUGCUUGGUUGUCUCUACAACUUACUUGAAUUUAAUAUAUUGGUGCCUUGAAAGCUGGUCUAAAACAAGUUUAACAAAAGUAUAAAAGGUUUAUACAAAAAUGCUGUGUGUGAAUCAACAAAUUCGUUGGGCAGCGAGGCAGCAAGCCAGCUGCUUUCUGUUUCAGACACCCCAUGUCUUGCAGGUAAUUAGGUUACAUGGCCUCUAAUACUGCACAUUGUUCACAAUAAGACUCUAGGAUCACAAUCAAUGAAAUACUACACCAUUUUGAUUCUAAGAGUGUUCCCUUCUAAAAACCGAAUACUCAUUAAAAAACAAAUAUUCUCAAAAUUAUGUCUUAAGUUAAUUUAACAUGAACAAGUCUGGCUGGUGGGAUGUUGUCUCAGCUUGUCUCUUAUGGAGAUUCAUGUUCCAUAUUGGACAAGGAUCAUGUGCAAUGACAAAUGGAAUGUACUCCAUCAAGAUCAGUAUUCCUAAUUCUGAUAGCCACUGGCCCAUGAAAGAUCAAUCAACUGACAGGAACAGACCAAUCAAUACUCACUGAGCAACAACAUAAAAAUAGAAUAAGAGGGUCUGAGUAUUGAUCCUGUCAAUUACUGUCCUGCCCGUCUUUGAAUGUCCCAAAAGCCACUUCUAUUAUAUCUACAAUUCACAAUUGAAUCCCUGUCUCUGCACAAAACUGUUUAUCUACAUACAUCAUUGCAUUAGGGAUUUUAUUUCAAGCAGAUGGCUUUUAGCCUCAAAGCUUAGGCAUGUGCAUUACCAGUAGUGCCAUCUCUUAGUCAUUCUUUGCUGAUUUGCCCAUAUUCCACAGUAAACUAACAUCAAAGACACUAUACCGCAAAAGAUUCCAGGCACAGAAGCUUUAAGGUCCUACUCACCUUCCCUAUUUAACUGUGGAUGCCAAAUUUCCAUUGCUUUAGUGUUAAGGUCUUUGAUGCCACAGGCAACACAAUUUCCCCUCGGGGUAAAUAAAGGUUAUUAUACUAUACUUUCUACUAUCGCAGGACAUUGAUUGGUAGGGCAAAAGGUGCAGAUGGUUUGUUCCUAGGUAAACUCAUGAUUUAUUGAAACGUUAAAGCACCAUUUAUGAAGAUCACAGACUUUGACUACCUUUGAAGAAAUCACUUCAGCAAAGUAUACAGUCAAACCAAAAUUUAUUCAGACACCUUGAACAUUUCAAUCAUUAAUACAGUUUAUUCACU